UCCCAGCGUACAGUGCGCCGCUAACGGCUCCAUACCAAGACCUCAUUGCCGGUGGCUGCGGGCCGAGUGGAUUUAGAAACAGGGAGCAUUGCUGAGCCAUACCCGAUCAGAACUGCCUGUCAGCCGAACCGAACCGAACCGUACCGUGUUCCCAGCACAUCGUGACUCAGGUAUCUUCUGGUUAGACAGAGUAUUGUAGCGAGAGCAACACGAAGCAACUAGAACCUUGCAGAACCGAGCCCGAACCCGAACCCGGACCCGGACCCGGACUACCCUGGGCGCCAUGGCCGAGCCUAUGCAGCCCCAAACCCCCAGCCGACACGAGAAGAGCCUCGGGUUGCUCACCGCCAAAUUUGUUACCUUACUUCAGGAGGCCAAAGACGGAGUACUGGAUCUUAAAGUGGCAGCAGACACCCUCGCAGUCAGACAGAAGAGACGGAUCUAUGACAUCACCAACGUCCUUGAGGGAAUCGGGCUGAUAGAGAAAAAGUCCAAAAACAGCAUUCAGUGGAAAGGGGUCGGCCCCGGCUGUAACACGCGGGAGAUUGCAGACAAGCUGAUCGACCUGAAGGCGGAGCUGGAGGACCUGGAGAGACGGGAGCACGAGCUGGAUCAGCAGAGGGUGUGGGUGCAGCAGAGCAUCAAGAACGUGACGGACGACAUCCAGAAUAGCCAAUUAGCUUAUGUAACCCAUGAAGAUAUCUGCAGCUGCUUCACAGGGGACACCCUUCUAGCUAUCCGAGCUCCUUCAGGAACACAGUUGGAGGUUCCAGUCCCAGAGGGGGUGCUGAACGGACAGAAGAAGUAUCAGAUCCACCUGAAGAGUACGCUUGGUCCCAUUGAGGUGCUGCUGGUCAACAAGGACACAGCCAGCUCUCCGCCCGUGGUGUUACCCGUGCCGCCUCCCGAGGACCUGAUUCAGAGCCUGCCCACUGCCGCCACGCCACCCACGCCCAAACAGCCCACCCUGUCCUCCCAGCCAAGUACUCCGCAGCCUACGCUACAACCCUCCACUCCAGUGUCAGCCAGCCAGGCUGCCCACCAAACCACGCCCCUGCCAGCGGCCUCGCCAGCCAGCACCGCCGCUUCACUAGUGUCUCUCUCUCUCUCUGUCCACCCUGUGCCUGCACCAGAGGCUCCCAGCAGUGGACUUGACCUCGCCCCACCCACAACAGACACACCAGACACCAACCAGACAGCGUCCGUAGACACCCAACCCCUCCAGUCCUCCGCCUCAUUGGACAGCAGCACCGCCCUUCCUGCAUCCUCCAUGUCCUUUGAACCUAUCAAGUCAGAUCCUUUAGAAUUGCUCGAUUUCCCCAAAGAAUUAUCAGAAAUGUUUGAUCCUACUAAAGAAUGUAUGAGCGCAGACCUGCUGGAAGAACUCAUGUCCUCAGAAGUGUUUGCUCCCUUGCUGCGGCUCUCCCCACCUCCUGGCGACCACGACUACAUCUACAACCUGGACGAAAGCGAAGGCCUCUGCGACCUUUUUGAUGUCCCCAUCCUCAACCUUUGACCUCUGAACUUUGCCAUUUGGGGUGCUUGUGAAUAGGGACUUUAGAGAAAAAAACAUUUUUGCCAUUUUUUUGAGAAGAAAAAAAAUCCUCUUUUUGGAUCCUUGUGUGAUGAGCAGUUUUCGACGACACAAGAACCUUUUUAAUUUCCAGGACCCUGGCAAACUGACUUAAAUUGAACAGGAAGACCCCUGUUGACCUCUGACACAUCAAUGGCUUCUAGGAACAAACAGGUUCCUCUCCAGACUGGCCCUCAGUAAAAUUCAAGAGACACAGUUCUGUAAGCCUCACAUCUGCAGCUACUCUGACAAUUCUCUGCAGAACAAAAUGCUGAACUGCAGAGGCUGUGGCAUAUUCCUUGUUGUAUAUAUAUUUUGUAUAGUUUCAUAUUAGUCUUUAUUCAACAUGCUGGCUUAGCACACUACAGUGACGUCACUGUGCAUGUUGACCAAUGGUCGCAUAUCAGGAUAGUUAAAAGCUCAGCUUCCUGUCGAGUGACUUGCUUUAAACAACAAAAAAAAAAAAAAAAGGUUCCUUUGUUUAUGCCUGUUGACAUUCGGGAGUUUUCAAAUCUUUGCUUUUUUAAAGAGUUAAACAAAAACAAAUGGUUGAUAGCCUCCAUUUACAUUGCCUGUCAUCCAAUAUGUAUGUUUUAAAUCGAUUUGCAGAAGGGGGAAACAAAUGUUACUGCUUCUCCAUGUGUUUCAAUAUAGACCCCCCCAGGCAUUCUUUAUUCACAGUGCAGGGGUUACAAGAGAACAGUGGAAAGGUAAACCUUCAACACAAAUGUUAGGAAAUGGAGAGGUUUCAACAAGAAUACAAAGCUAUGUAUUUUAACUUCCAUAACUGUAACUUCAUGUUGAAGCUGGCCGUGGAGAAUGCAACCCCUCUCCCUCUCCCUGCAUGGAUUGAGACAAUGCUGUCCACAGCUCGGCCACAGUGUAUGGCACAGCCACGUUAUGUGUGUUUUUGUUUGUUUUUAACCCCAGAAGUAGGUGUUUCUCUCCCUCUUGUUAUAAUUUCCAAGUUACUUCAGUUUGCAUUUAAUGGUUUUAAAAUAUUCGGAUCAAAUUAAGUCAUAAACAAAAGACAUCUUGGCGGGUCUAGGUGGCGAUUGAUUCCUUUGGUUAUCAAGGGGGAGGGGUGAUAAUAGUAGUUGAGUGACUCGGUGAUAAUGCUGUUUAUUAAGAAGGGGGGAGGUGGUUGACCUUCACGCUCGCGUUUCAGUAGAUCAGGUUCUGUGAACCUGGCGUGUGGAGAAUGUGUAUUUUUAUUUCCUCUUGCAGCUUUCUGCCAGGAUUGGAUAGGAACUCUAGUGUAGUGCCAGGAUUCUAUUUAUAGAUAACUGCUGUGCCAAAGCUUCUAGUUUUUACCCUGCAGCAACUCCUGAAAAAAGAAAUGUAGACAAAUUUUAAAAAAUUAUUUAUUGCUUAAGGCUAACUGCAUUUCUGUACAAAUGUGCCGUGCCUGCGUCUGGGCGCAUUUUUGUUUUAAGCCAGUAACUACAGAUAAACCCUCUACCUGGUGUAUUUUAAUAGAAUGAAACAGAUUGUGAAUUGCUGAUCCAUGCUAAAACGUUGAAACAUGAGGCAACUUUCAGGAAACUUUGUUCACUGUUGAAGUGAAUAUGGGGCGGGGGGGGGGGGUUGAAGGAAAGUUGAAAAUCUUAACUUUGUUUUCUGAAAGCUUUUCUCUUAUUUUAAAGAAUCCAGCUGUUUUCUUCCACUUAACUUUGCCCCAGUGUUGGGCAGAACUGCCCUUUGUGCACCUGAUUCGCGUCUCUUGCUUUCUCUGUGGGACAACCUUUUGUGACACUCAAGAAAUGUUCUUGUUAAAACAAAAAGCCCCCCCCCC